UCAACCAUUUCAUCAUAUUCAUCUCACAAGCCAUGUCUCAUUUCAUCCAUUUCAUUCUCCUCUCCUCCCUGCUCCUCUCCCUCUCUUCUGCUCAAAAAUCUCCCCGCCCUCCUGCAUUACUCUUACCCGUCUUGAAAGACCCGAAAACGCAACAAUUCCUAACCGAAAUCAGCCAGAGAACUCCUCUGGCGCCCACAACUCUUGUUGUGUCACUUGGAGGCCGCCAACUCUGGGCUGAUUGUUAUAAUAAUUUCAUUUCUUCCACCAUCCGCAGGCCUAAAUGCGGAGCUGCUCAAUGCUCGUUAGCCGAGGCUGACGGCUGCAGGAACAAAAUAUGUGGCGCGAGCCCUGAGAACCCUGUCACACGAACCGUGACUUAUGAUGAUGUGAUCACUGACACUCUUAGUAUAAUCUCGACUGACGGAUCAAGGCCUGGCCCUGUUUUUACGGUACAAAAUUUUGUGUCGCUUUGCGCGCCUUCUUCGCUAUUGGAAGAGCUUGCUAGCAAUGCAGUAGGCUCGGCUGGCUUAGGCAGGACUCGUGUCGCGCUUUCUUCACAAUUAGCUGCUAAAUUCGGUUUCAAGAGACAAUUCGCAAUGUGCCUUCCGUCCUCGACGACAUCUAACGGUGUCAUAAUAUUCGGAGACGUCUCGUAUAAAUUUCUCCCGAACGUCGAUGCUUCAGAAAUUCUGACAUUUACGCCAAUUCUGACGCAUCCGUCGCCUGACAUGUCAGCAGAAUAUUUCAUCGGGGUAAAAAAAAUUAAAAUUAACGGAAAUUCAGUACCGAUAAAUCCUGCAUUGUUAACAAUCCAAAAGGGCGGAACUCAGCUCACUACAGGAAAUCCCAACACUGUGAUGAGGACUUCAAUCUACAAUGCAGUGACCUCGGCUUUUAUCAACGAGGCCGCAGCCAUGAACAUUAGUAGAGUCGCGUCAGUGGCGCCUUUUGGCGCGUGUUUUGAUGAAAAAACUGUGACAGGCAGUAGGCUAGGCGCGAAGGUUCCAUCUAUCGACCUUGUUCUGCAAAAUGAGAACGUGGUGUGGACUAUUACAGGCUCGAAUUCGAUGGUUCGAGUUGGAAACAAUGUGUUGUGCCUUGGAUUUGUCGAUGGAGGGAAGGAUCCGAGGAUUCCGAUUAUUAUGGGAACGCAUCAGCUGGAGGAUAAUGUUCUGCAGUUUGAUCUAGCAACAUCAAGGCUAGGUUUCAGCAAUACUUUGUUAGCUAGACAAACGACAUGUUCGAAUUUUAACUUCGCAUCGACUGGUUAAGUAGAAAUUUGUGUAUUUAUGUUAUGCGUAGUGUAAUAUAUGGCUAACUUCGAAAUAAUUUGCUUUGUUGUAA